CGUAAAUUGAUCAAUUUUACACAGUACAAACAUGGAGAUCGGUUUAUUAAGUCGAGUUGCUAUAACAACAUUUUUAAUAAUAUAUCUAUAUGAUACGGUUCUGGGUCAGGGACAACAGAAACAAGCAAGAAAAGAGUUAAAGAAGCAAAGAGUACUCGAGCUUAAUGGGAUCGUCGACAAUGUGUUUGAAACAUAUUCAGAGAAUAUGCACCGUGAAGUAGAUAGAACCAUAGCAAGACUGAAAAAUAACAUGAUGAAAGAUUUAAAAGGAGCAGUUGAAGGCAUAUGUGCAAAUUGGACAACUGCAAAGAUAGGAGUGGUCGAUGACAAAGUGCUGUGGAGACAGCCGGCCUGGGACCAACAGGACAUUCUUGGUAGCGACUGGGACACUGUGAGAUGGAGCUGGGGAAAAGGAUCUACAAUAGAAGUCACUUCAAAUCCAGUAGGGAGUGGUCAAGUCCUGCGAGCUUUCUACCCUCAGGAUAGCUAUAUAGGAAACCCAGACAAAUCAAAGAGAGGGGGCGGAUCAUUCAGAUCUAAACCCAUUGGACCUGGGACAUCCAGAACGCUUUCUUAUGACAUAUACUUUGCACCAAAUUUUGACUUUGUAAGAGGAGGAAAGCUUCCUGGCCUAUGGGGAGGCUAUGGGAAGUGUAAUGGUGGUGUAGUGGAUCAUAGAUGUUUUUCCACAAGGUUCAUGUGGCGUGGCGGUGGAUCUGGGGAUGUCUACCUUUACAGCCCUACAUCCCAAAAGCCUGACAUUUGCUCAAGGCCAAACAUUCAUUGCAAUCCCCCAUAUGGGAUCGGUCUUGGUAGGGGAGCCUUUAGAUUCCAGACGGGAAGAUGGUACAAGCUUCAGCAAUUCAUCGAACUCAACACUCCCGGGAGAUUCGAUGGGAUUGCCAAGAUUUUCCUUGAUGGCAAGAAAGUUUUCCAGAUUAAUGAUCUAAGCUUCCGGAACAAUUCUAAUGUUUUGAUUGACACGCUGUGGUUCGACACAGCCUUUGGUGGCCAAUACAUUGCUAGAAGUACAAGAGAUACGUAUGCGUACUUCAACAACUUUGAGCUCUGGGACCACUCACCUAUUGGCUAGAUAAAAAUGGGCAUCAAUUGUAUUUAUUUCUUAUUUAUACAAACUUGGAUAUCCAGAUAUUACACUUAAAUUUCUAAAGCGUUUUAAGUUUAAUUUGGGAAUUACACUUGGUUUUUAAUUUCAUGCCCUCAUUUAAUAUCAUUGGACUGUUGUAAUACAUUUUGCAGAAGUGUCAUUUAAUUAACGGCCGUUGCCUUCGCAGUCUAGCAUCUAUCCGAUGGGCAUCAGAUGUAGUUCGACACUGGUUUAUAGGAGGCAGCAC